UGUUUUAUCCCAGACUGCAUGCAGGGGGAAUUGGCCGGGUCUGUCUGUAAUCUUGGGGCCCACCCGUGUAUGGCAUCAGUUUGGUACGAGUGGCUGGUGAGAUAGAGGAACAUAUGACGCUGUGGUUCUCUUCACUUCCUGUAAAAUUAUGCUCAACAGAAACAGCUACAUGUGAAACACAGACAAAACCUCCGGACACUAUUUCAGAAGAGUGAGAAAAUGGAUGACUGCCUAACCACCUCAUGAAAAGUUUUCCCCCACUGAAUGAAAUGGCGUAGUCGGCUCGAGGAACUGUAACAGCCCGAUGAGCUGCCAUGGACGCCCUGGUUGUCAGUGGAAUACCACUCUCCUCUGUGAAAGACUUUGAUCAGAAAGUGGAGAUCAGAGCGGAGAAACAUGAACACCUACGAGGACGUAACAAUGCGACUUCAUGUCGGAGCCCCACGAGAGAAUUUAACACAAAACUGAUAAAGAAAGAACUGAAGGAAAAGAGGCAUCAGGAAUUUCUGAGGAGGAGGUCAGUGAGUCCAGACCCGUAUGCUGCAAAGUCUACAAACUCUUCCUCGAGAAGAAAACCUUCAAAGACAUUUCCAAUGAAGCAUUACAGUUCAGUCAGCAAAUCAGAGACGUUGCAUACAAAUAUCCAAAAUAUUCCCACCGCUAAUGGACAUCCAGUGAUGAUUUCAACAUCAAACAGCAGCGUAACUGAAGGAGCAGGCACCAGUAAAUGGGCUUCAUUAUGGUUAGAACCGGUGACACUGAGGCCUGAGAACGGCUACGCAAGGAAGCAAGUAUCUGCCUCCCUAACAGUGACGAGGGAAUCAAACCAGAACAAGAUGAAAAGCACAGAUAAAAGAGAGAAUAGUAUAAAUGCCCAAAAGACGAGCACCAAAUCAUUCAUUCAAACUGAAAAGUUUCAACAAAAAAAGAUCCUGCGAGACGCCAGCAUGCAGACAGACUCUGGACUUAUCACUGUCAAGGAAUCUGACAUUCAGCGGAUAGCCGACUACUUGCAGGAGGCCCUCUGGAGAGAAGACACAGUGAAGAAGAAGCUGGCAGCCCUCCAGGAGAGAACGUCAAACCUCAUGAACUCCUCGAGCAAAAUAUGGACAGCUCGCUGCAGUGAAGACCUGCUGAGAAACAAGAUCAAGGCUCUGGAGGCGCAACUACAAGUCUGCCUGCAGAAGUUUCCCAAGGAUGGAAUGAAGAAACUGGUGUUACAGAUGGAAAAGCAGAAACUGAUGUAUGAAGAGAAAGCUCUGGUCGCCCUGCAGAAGGUCACACAGGAGAAAACUGAGGCGCUCACAAAGGCAGAGACAAUGCAGGAUGCGCUAAUUACAGCAAAAGCAGAGGCAAAGAGGUGGCAGAGCCUUUAUGAGGAGCUGAAGCUGAGCUCUGCACAACUCAGGGAGCAUCAACACCUCAGUAAUGAACAGCUGCAACAGCUGCACAGCCAAAAUGAGCUGUCCAGGACCAGAGAGGCUGAGCUGGAGAAGGAACUGAGGUCACUAAGACACGAGAAGAAGGAGCUACAUUACAACAUUGGCCUACUGGAAGAGGAAAACCAGGUUUUAAGAGAGGAGAUCCAGCACCUUAGAGAUGGCAGCAAUGAGAUCCAGGAUUUCAUGAUGCAGGACAGUCUGACGUCAGAGGAAGCAGAGCCUUUACGACUGACGGUGAAGAGAGACUCUCAGGUGGAGGAGCAGCUCCGUCACACUCAGGAGAAACUCCAACGAAAGGAGAGAGAGUGUGAGGAGCUGCAGACGGAGCUGCAUGUUAUGGAGCAGGAAUGUCAGUCCAGCCAGGCCCGGCUGUCGCAGUGCAGGGAAGAGCUCCGGCAGCUCAGCCACCGCCGCAGGAGACCGGCUCGGUGUGGCUCCUGGUGGAGGCUGUUUGUGUUCUUCCUUCUACUCCUCGCUGUUGCAGGAGUUGUCAUGUUGUGGCUGUGGCAUCCACCUUUCAGGGAACAAGUCGAGGACCUUUACUCAGAUAUAGAGACACGCAUCGACAGCUAUCUCAUGGAAAUGGCCUCUCCUCGAUACUCAGGCUGUUUUAGACCAAUAUGAUUGUGUCACUGCUCAGGGAUAUUCUUUUAGUUGUUGUUGCUUUUGUUUUACAUUUUAAAGAUGUUUUGCUAGGGUGUAGUUUGUUGAUAUUUUUGUAUUUCUUAUCAUUUUAGACUUGGAAUUCAAAGUGAGUUUGAUGUGAGAUAAUGUUGUGUUGAGCUGGAUGUACUGUACAUGUUUGCAAGUUCAAAUACAAGAGAACACCUCCAAGUGUGUAAAAUGCAGUAAUGUUUGUUUGUGAUUCAACAAUGAAAACAUGCAGAAAGCAAAGCACCUCACUAGUCGUGUGACUUUAAUGACACUGAAGAUGACAAGAAAAUGUUGUGAGUGGAUAAUAUCAACAGAAUAGUUGAUGAGUGGAAAAUAAGCUGUUUCCUUUGUACUGUAAACUGCUUAUUUAGUCAACAGCAUCACCUUGAAUUAUUAAAAAAGACAUUAAAAAAUGUAAAAAUCUAUUUAAAAUAAAGACAAAACAUUGAAGCAAUCAUUUCAG